AUGGAUGAGAAAGAGUCCCUACGACCGGACGAUAGUGCUAGUGUCCAGGCUGUGGAAGAAGAUGAAUUUCUUGCCGCUACCGGAGACGCGAUGAGCUCCCAGGCUAAUUCAGAUCCGUCUGCGUCGAAUCGUGGUGGCUUGCAGCAGCACAAGGAUGCAACACUCCGCGAGCCGGAGCUGUUGAAGAAAAGCACCCUACCAUUCAACGAAGAUGCUUUGCGUAGGAACGGAGUACUUCCAGCACCUGAGGGUGAGCAGGCUCUGCAUGGGUUUCCAAGUGAGCCAGAUGAGAAACUUGUGGAGGCGAUGGGGUCUCCAAAGGACCGCCUGCUACUCCUUCAGCUAGAGGAGAAGAUUAUCUCUUUUAUCAAGAAUUCAAGCGAGGCAUCAUUAGAGUUGCCACCAUGCAACUCGUUUGGACGAUUACUUGCGCAUAAAUUGGGCGACUACUAUCAUCUCACCCAUUUUGUUGACAACAAUGUCACUUCCGUCCGCCUUCAUCGAACUCCAUGGAGUAGACUGCCGACUCCAUUAACGAUGCUGCACCCUGCUAAUGCAAACAAUCCGUCUGCAAACGCACCUGCGAUGAAGAUUAUGCGCCGUAUGGGCCAGCCAGGGGAGAGGGGCUCAGCUGCAGGAAGCACUGCCACCAGUUCGGCUGUUCCUUCGAAAACCGCUUCUGAAUCAGGAGGAGAUGGGACCAACGAUGAAGACCGAAACGGCGGUACUUCAUCGACUGGAGCUACACCAUCGAGAGAUCGUGCCAGUCUGACCCGAGAAGAGCGUGAAGCCAAGUAUCAGGAAGCACGAGAACGGAUAUUCAGGGACUUCCCUGAAUCCAAGUCCACUGAUACCGGCAGUGGAGAACAAAGUGCCGAUGUAUCCAGAUCAAGCUCAAGGACAGGGCGCAAGAAGGCACCCAAACCAAGGUCUCCAAAAGACGAUGGUUUUGAGGCUAGAUCACAGUUCAACGCGUACUAUACCUCCCCCCAACUCCCCGGCGGGCCGACGGUAUACCACAACACUGCGCAUCACGGCGGGAUACCGCCUCAAAACUACUAUGUGAUGGCUCAGACACCCCCCGGUGGUGGGAUGCAUCAUUAUCCGCAGCAAAUGAGCCCUUCUGGCCAUGGUCCCAUGUACGCUCCAUCUGGCGGCAUGAAUGGGUUCCCAUCUUACUCCGGCCCACAGACACAUCCGGGACAGAACAACUGGCAGCAAGGCGGCGGCCACGCAGGGUAUAACCAGUAUCAGCACCACCCGGCUCAGGUAUCGCCCAUGAUGGCUCAGCGUUCGGCAACCAUGCCAUCUCCAAGGGCACCUGCAUAUUCCACUCCCAGCCACUCACAGUACCCGCAACCGACUCCAGGCUGGACACCUGCCCCUUUCCAGGCCGGAUACCCUCCUCAAACCAUGGCACGGUCGCCUCCCGUCCACUGGCCGAACAUGCCUCCCAAUACAAUGGCAACCGGCCAGGCUCCCUACAACCAGGGUAUGGGCUCCCCACAGUCGUUCAUCCCCAGCAAACCAGCCCACCCGGCUCCCGGUAGCUUUUCUCGUUCUCGAUUCAGCCCUCAAAGUAGAUCGUUUGCUCCCACCAGCAACUCACAAGCCGGUUAUUUCAGUGGUGAUUCACCGUCUCCUCAAUACAGCAGUCCGCAUUUCAACAACCAUCCACGCACAAAUUCCAGGGACUCAAAGCCGGGAAUGAACCCUUCUCCUCCAUCACACUACUUCAAAUCCAAAGGAACGCCGCCCAACGUGAUGGGCCAGCCUCAACAGCAACCAAAUUACGGAAGACCAGUCGACUCCCAGGCUCACAAUUCGAUAGCCAAAUGGGGUACUCCGUCUCAUCUACCGCCCAAGCCACCGCCUCCGGAAGCUCCUUAUUCAUCUGACGCCGCGAACUCGAACCCAAACCGUCCUGCUGGCCUCACCUCUCCUCCGCCAGCAUCUAAACUCCCGCCGCCUGAGACAAAGGCUGCUCCCUUUGUGGUAUCCGGCGCAUCCAGCAGCGAGAAACAGUCCCACAGCAACCCUUCUUCAUGA